AUGUCGACAUCUGCGUGGCUCCUGUGGUGUAUCCGCGAAGUGUAUUACGUAUUUCUCGAGCCUAUCUUUGUCUUUCUGGGUGUCGCAAAGUUUGGGUUUGGUGAUGCGACGUAUGGCCGCGAUGCGCUGCCCUACUCGGCCUCGGAGCGGCGUGACAUUUACGAGAACCCAGAUGUAACAGUGACGCGGCGUCGUGUAUAUAUGAGCAGGAACGAGCCGAUUCUCUCCAUGAAACUCCGAGAUGUAGAUCGUGCACUGCCAUUUACCUUUGGCGGCAAAAAGGUGACAGCCUUCAUCAACUAUUAUGUAUGGGAAAUGCCACACAUUUCUCAGCGGGAGCAUCUCAAUGCUGACGUGUACCUGGUCCAUGGCAUCAAUGAGUACUCAGGCCGGUGUACACCUCAGGCCGUGAUUCACAUGAAGAAUGGUUUCCGGACGAUUGCGAUUGAUAUGCCCAACUUUGGCCGAUCGUCCGGUUUGCAGGGACACUUGCCAACACUUCGUUUAAACGAAGGUGCCUUGGAUGCUGUGAUGUACCAUGUAUAUAUGUGUGACCAGCACAAUGGAAUGAAGGAUCUGCACAAACGCAAGCGGUUUGCUCAAGGCGGCUCUAUGGGCGGGUUCACUGUCGCCUACCAUGCCGCCCUCCAUCCGCCAGCUUCGCACCCUGACUUUCUUGCUUUGGAUGGGAUCAGUAUGACGGCGCCCAUGCUCCGCAUUGCCCCAGAAACACGACCGCCGUUGAUUGUGGAAAAGACAGCACGGUGCAUCGCCUUUUUUGCAGGUCGACUGGGUGUUCUCCGUGCGAUCCGCGGCAAGUUGUCGGACGACCCCAGGGUGGAGUUGUUUGCUCGCAAUGACAUUCAAGGGUACCAUGGCCUUGUCCGUGUAGAUACAGGGCUGGCCAUCGUGGAUGGACUGGUCCAUCUCGAUGAGAUUGCCGAUGCCAUACAGUGCCCUGUGUCGAUUCAUCAUGGCACAGCCGAUCGUGUAACGGACCCUGCUGGCUCGCGCAUGUUCUACGAUAGGAUGCGUGUUGAGAAAAAGUCUUUGCGACUAUGGCCCUCAUGGGAGCAUGCCAUGGUCAAGAACUAUCCUGGUAUGUCCGACCAAGACAUUGCGAAUCGGAACGAACUCUUAGGCGAUAUCUCGCAAUGGUUCAUGCAAAUCACUCGAGACUCUACACAAGCAAGUGUUCUCCCAUAA